AUGGGCAGCCUGUCUACGAUUGACAAGGAUUUUGUCACGGAACGCUUGCUAUACCUCGCUCGUGAAACUGCUCACGAUGCUCCAGAGGUGAGCGUGGUGUUGUUGGCACUUGCUGUACCACCCGAGGCGUUGCCCAGCAAUGAUGUCAACCAUCAAAGGGCAAAUGCCUGGCGUCAUUUGUACAUAGACCUAGAUGAUGUUGAUGCAGCAGAAGGCAUCGAAUUGCUGCGGGUGACGGUGGUAGGCAAAGGCAAGGGCAAAGGCAAAGGCAAGGGCAAGGUCAGAAAAGCCAAGCCGGUGCGGCCUUUGGUGGUCUCGCCGGGCUUCUUCGGCUCCGAGGUGCGGCGUUUGGUGCUGCGCGCCUUCACCGAAGAGCCAGAGGAGGACCCUCUGACGGUGCCACAGGCACUGUAUGCUGCGACCAUGCGAUCGAUUCCGUAUAUCUAUGAGCCAAAGGGCUCCUCGUUUGACGUGAUGCCGAUUCUGCCGGUGUCUACCCUUUUCAGCGACGAUGAGCUAGAUGAGCUGCAGCUGAAGCGAAAGAAGCGCAAAGACCCGCGCCAGACCAUUGUCUCGGUGCCGUCCAUCCGCUUGAUGCCAGGCUUGGCGCAUCCGUUGACCUUCAACGAGGAACAGAUGCUUCGGCUCUUCGUGACGGAUCCAAGAUCCAUGGCCUACAACCUUUCCAACACGCAACGCAGCCGUGUGCCGUUGACCGUGGAGCAGUGCGAAAUGGCGCACCGGAUCAUCUUGGAGCGGCACGAAGUGCUGCGGAGCGCCUUUAGCCUGGAGGACCCCAACAACCCCACACGCAAGGUGAUGAGACAUCACCUGGGAGGCUUCUAUGCCUUGGCGCUGCCCGACGAGGGCAGUGCGCAGGCGAUCGCGGCGAUGGACUACGCCACGCCACAUCGGCCCGCGGACCUGGACGGGGCGCCACACGGGGCGACGGCAGUGGGACGGCCGAAGCACGUGGCGGUCUGCGCACCAGGAGAGGAGACCGUGGAAGAAGGCGUCAGCGAGACUCUCUAUGCCUUGGGCACCGCAUGUGUGCCGGGCGCCUUUGACAAGGCCCGCCUUGCUGAGCUUCGAGACUCCUUCCUGGACCUGUCGGAGGCCGACGCCGAGACCUUCGUCUUCGGCGAGCUUCGGGGCCACCGUCGCGCCGUGCAUUUGCCGUUCCGGGAGCCCUUCAGUCGGCUGCCAUUGCUGGGCGAAGAUGGUGAGUUGCUGGAGGUAUUGGCCGAAUAUUUGGGAGAGGAUUUCGAGCUGGAAAGCGCGCUGAUCAUCACGGUGGAUGGCAACACCGAGGCACAGAACGCGCACACCGACACGGAGGACGAUGGCAGCGUCUCAGUGCACAUCCCACUGCAGCCAUUGCGAGAGACUUUCGCUCCACUGUCCCUUUGUGUGGCCACCCACCACGAGCCAGAGCUGUUGGACGAAGCGGCGGCGACGGUGCGGAAGUGGCGCUGCAACGGCGAGUCGCCCAUGGAUGCACGGAAGCGUCUCGUGGCCGGCACCAUCCUGAAGCGCAAAGCCCUCCUGGUCGAGUGGGAUUCCACACGCCAUCCGCUGGAGACAUUGGACCUGCGGCUGGGCAAGCGGAACUGCCGGGUGCGGGGAUUGCGUUUGGAAGAUGGACUGAGCCUGGAAGCGUUGGGCUUAGAAGUCGGAGAUGAGAUCACUCACGUCAACGAUGUGAGCUUUAUGACCUGGUACAAGCGCAUCACCGCUUCUUCCCCGCCGUUGGGUCUGCACGUGCCACUGCGGCUGCGCGUGCUGCGGCGCCCCACGGCGCCGCAAAGUGUGGAGGGGCCCCGGCUGCUGGUGGGCGCGCCACUGGAGUUGGGAGAGGCGAUCAUGUAUGAUUCCAGGACGAUCCAUUGGGGCAUGGCAAAUACCGAGGACUCUGCUCGGCAUGUGCUCUACCUGAAUUUCAUGAGCUCCGACUUCAACGGCUACUCCCCCGAUGGUGAUGCCUUGGCGGCCGCCAGCCCCGAGUGCCUAGAGGCGCGCGAGGCCUUCCGAAAGUUAGGUGUCAGCGGGAUCCGGAUGCUCUACACGCCCUCUAGCGACAACUUUCCAGCCUUACAUGUGAACAUGCAUCACAUCCUGGCAGACAACGACGCGUUGAUGACCUUUUGGCAAGAGUCCUUCCAAGUGCAGGAGCUUCUGUACUACGGUUUCUCUAAAGAGGCUGUGAAGGAGAGACUUCCCAAGCUGCCCGUGCAGUUCACGGACUUUGCCUACUGGCAGAAGUCGCUGUUCUCGCGAGGCCUUCUGAAGCCGGACUUGUCCUACUGGGGCCGGGAGGUCACCGACUCGCAACCUCCCACAGUGCUGGACUUGCCGUUGGAUGUGCCGCGGCCACGGGUGUGGAACGUGGUGGGAGAUAGUGUCAAGAUCGACUUCGACCAAGAAAUCAUCCAACCGGUCAUGGAUCGCAACCCCCGCAUCACACCUUUUGCCUCCGUGAUUUGCAACUUCUCGCUGGCCUUGAUGCGGAUGAGCAACCAACGAGUGGUUUAUGCCAGGGUCCUGGUGCUGGAGACCGUGCACUGGCUGAAGCCACUGGAUAAGGAUCAGCAGAAAGAGCAGCGAGUGGAGGAGGAAAUGAUGAAGCUGCGACAGAGGAACUACAAGUUGCUCACCCGGUGCUUUUCUCACCUGGGCCUCGUGAUCUUUGUUCUCCUCCACGAUGCCAUCGCCGCCCCGGGCUUUAAUACCAUUUGCUUGGCUGUUUGUUGGCUCUUGGGCUAUUUGCAGCACUUGCUGGUGGGGGGAGGUUGGGUGGACUUAACCGCACGACGGCUGAAGCUCUUGAGCUACUUCUUGCAUGGGAUGUUGCUCAUGAUCCAAAUAAGCGAGGCGGCCACAACUGCGAAUGCACCAGUCUCGGGGCCAGUGGACUUGUGCCAUUUUGCUUUCAUGGAGGGCCUUUACACCACCAUACGCUUUUGGCUGAUCUUUGCAUUCCUCGACCCCGGGACCUCUGUCCCUUUCCAGUUGCUCUUCACGAUCACAAAUGCUCUGACCUACCUGGUGGUCUUCGGCUCGAAGGUGCCUGUGGGUUUGCUGUGCUUCGGUGAAGUUUUCAUCUUCAUGGUGGGUGUGAUCUCCUCGAUUUUCAUUGACAUGGUCCUGCGCGAGCGGAUCUAUGCGAUGCUCGACACUGCAGACGCGGAGUCCUUAAUUUGCGGCUUCCGGCGGGUCUUGCGGGGACUGUGCGAUGGUGAGGUGCUGCUGGACAGUCACAUGACAAUCGCCCAGGAAAGUGAAUGCUUGAAACACUUGAUUUUGACUGAUGUGAGCCUCAAAGGGAGGUGCUUUGGGCAGUUGUUGGCGGAUGAGGAACGCACUCGCUUUGACGAAUUUGUAGACUCCUCCACCAAAGCAUUUGGCUUGCCCGAAUCCAAGCAUUCAGCUCCUCCUUUUUGCUCACGGGUCUCUUUCCGUGGAUCGGCGGGCAUCCGAGUGGCAGCAGAUGUCUACCAUGUGCCGGUGCCAGGGCUAUUCGGCGCCAGCGAACCACAUCACCUCAUCGCCUUCAAGGAGGACACUGAAUCGCGUCCACAGCCUGAAGCUGAAGAAGGUUCUGUUCCUGCAGAACUCCUGCGUCGCAUCAGCCCUUUGCAGUGCCGACCGCCCGACGCGGCUUCUGCCUCGGGGAGCAGCAGAGCUUCGAACUUGGAGACAUGUCGAGAACUUUGUGAGAUGACGUUGCUGAUCAAUGCAGAGACCGAACCGCAAGAUGUGGAAGAGGCGCAUUUGAGGUAUCGGCGUGAUGAGGAGCCCGCCGACAUUGCCACAGCCUUGCAGUCUGGUAUGCCCAGCUUGCGAAAGAUGGUGAAGCCUACAGAUUGGGAGAAGAUGCGAUCCAGCGUGGUGAGAUUUGCAGAGAGGGCCUCGCAUGAUCCGAGGAUCCAACCCAAAGUCAUAAAGCGAAUGACCUUGGAGUGGCCUGGAAGCGGGCGGCUCAUGGCAGAAGAGGCUUUCAUCAAGAGGGCCGGCACAGAGCCGAAGGUCUGGUUGCACGUGACCAAAUUGCAUCCCGAACGGCGACGGGCACGGCCGGUGGUUUUGGAGGGCAUUGAGGAGAUCGGGGCACCAAACUGCACCGGCAGGACACAUCGUCCUUGA